AUGGGAGACUUUGGCCCUGCAGUACAGCCACUACAACCUACACCAGCAGGAACCCCUCAACCAGGCCCCUCCUCCAGCGAGAUUUCCGUCCUGGUAACUGGCUUCGGCCCCUUCAAGUCUAACCUUGUGAACGCUUCCUACCUGAUCGCCUCAUCGCUUCCUUCCUCCUUCACCUUUCCUUCGAAGGACGGCUCCUUGAACCGUCGCAUCUCCCUCCAUGUCCACCCCACCCCGAUCCUGGUAGCAUACGCCACCGUACGGGAAAGCCUACCAGCAAUCCUGAAAGCGUACGCUGCUGCGCACGGCGGCCAGCGUCCAGACCUCAUUAUCCAUAUUGGCAUCGCCGCGCCACGCCUAUACUACUCAGUAGAGUCGCUGGCUCAUCGCGAUGACUACAACAUCACCGAUAUCAACGGGCGCACGGGCUACGAAGACGGGGAGAAGCGGUGGAGAGAGAUGGGGCUUCCGUCUAUCCUAAAGCCUGGCCUUUCGGAUGCUGCUUCUGCCUCCACUUCGCUCGCUGCCCAUACCCACCCAACGAUCGGUUCUUAA